AAUGACGAUAAUGAGGAAGGAAUUUAUACAGUUGAAAAAAUUUUAGCACAUAGACUAUCAACAGAUGGGCAUGUUCAAUACAAAGUAAAAUGGGCUGGCUAUGAUGAAAAGGAAUCGUGUUGGGUAAACGCUACUGAUGU